AUGGAUGAGAUUAAGGUAAAAGACAGAGCUUGCUGUGUGCUGGGGAAGGAGCUGGGGGUUCAGGCUGGACACACCCAGAGGCUCCAGCUGCAGCUAUCCCAGAUCAGGAGCAGGGAGGCUGGGGCAGGAGGACACCUCCACAGCCCCAAACCAGACACUCCUUACCCCAGUGGUGCAGGAGACACCUCAGAGAGCCUCGUAAGCAAUCUCUCUCCCUCCAUCUGCCCUCUCAUUGCUGCUUAGUGGCUUAUAAAUGUAGGCUAGCUAGAGCCUGUACCUUCUCAAAGGCAUGCCCUUUUGUUGCCUCUUUGCAAGUAUUUAUUUUUGCUUUCUUAGUGAAUGUUUUUGAUCACCACCUUUAGCUGCUUCUAAAUGCUUAGAUGGAGUCUAGAGUCCUGCCCUGGCUGAGCCUAGUUUUUCUCUAUUCCUCCACCCAACCAGACCCUCUCACCUUCCUGUACUGUCUAUUCCUCCACCCAGCACCAGUCCCUCUCACCUUCCUUUACUGUCUAUUCCCCACCCAGCACCAGACCCCCUCACCUUCCUGUACUGUCUAUUCCUCCACCCAGCACACAGCCUCUCACCUUCUUACGUUAUCCUCCACCAGCACAGUCCCUCUCCACUUCCUUACGUUAUUCCUCCACCCAGCACCAGCCCCUCUCACUUCCUGUACUGUCUAUUCCUCCACCCAGCACCAGACCCUCUCACCUUCCUGUACUGUCUAUUCCUCCACCCAGCACCAGUCCCCCUCACCUUCCUUUACUGUCUAUUUCCUCCACCCAGCACCAGUCCCCUCACCUUCCUUUACUGUCUAUUCCUCCACCCAGCACCAGCCCUCUCACUUCCUUACUGUCUAUUCCUCACACCCAGCACCAGUACCCCUCCACCUUCCUUUACUGUCUAUUCCUCCACCCAGCACCAGUCCCCCUCACCUUCCUUUACUGUCUAUUCCUCCACCCAGCACCAGUCCCUCUCACCUUCCUUUACUGUCUAUUCCUCCACCCAGCACCAGUCCCUCUCACCUUCCUUUACUGUCUAUUCCUCCACCCAGCACCAGUCCCUCUCACCUUCCUGUACUGUCUAUUCCUCCACCCAGCACCAGUCCCCCUCACCUUCCUUUACUGUCUAUUCCUCCACCCAGCACCAGUCCCUCUCACCUUCCUUUACUGUCUAUUCCUCCACCCAGCACCAGUCCCCCUCACCUUCCUUACUGUCUAUUCCUCCACCGCACCAGUCCUCACCUUCUUACUGUCUAUUCCUCCACCCAGCACCAGUCCCCCUCACCUUCCUUUACUGUCUAUUCCUCCACCCAGCACCAGUCCCUCUCACCUUCCUUUACUGUCUAUUCCUCCACCCAGCACCAGUCCCCCUUAUCUUCUUCUGAAGACUAACUGUAGCUUUGGAGGGCUGAGAACCUCAGUCUCAACCUUCUUCCCUAUCUCUACUAGUGGGUUCUCCUCACACCUGAGAACCAUUUAUGUAGAGGUCUCCUCUUGCCUGAAUGUCAUUAUCUCGUUCCAAAAUGGCACUUUCUUUGUCCAGAGCCCAGUUUUGGACUCAAUUGUGCCAAAUACGGAUAUAUACAGUAUAAUACAAUGAAGCUUCCUGCUUAUGUUCUGUUAUUAACAUACAGUAUAUUACAGUAAAGCUGACAGCUUGUGUUCUGUUAUUAACAUACAUUAUUAUUAUUAUUAUUAUUAUUAUUAUUAUUAUUAUUAUAUUCUUUCUGCAGUGGGUCUUUUGGCAUUAAAACUGGGUUGUUUUCCCUCUACAUGUUGCCAUGGGAACACACAGUAGCUUUCUUAGCAUGCAGAUUCUCUAUACUUUAUUGGUAUUUAAUAUGAUAAUGACUGCAUUUAAUAAUGACUGCAUUUAAUAAUGACUGCAUUUAAUAAUGACUGCAUUUAAUAAUGACUGCAUUUAAAAUAAUAAUGACUGCAUUUAAUAUGAUAAUUACUGCAUUUAAUAAUGACUGCAUUUAAUAAUGACUGCAUUUAAUAAUGACUGCAUUUAAUAAUGACUGCAUUUAAUAUGAUAAUGACUGCAUUUAAUAAUGACUGCAUUUAAAAUAAUAAUGACUGCAUUUAAUAUGAUAAUGACUGCACUUAAUAAUGACUGCAUUUAAUAAUGACUGUAUUUAAUACAAUAAUGACUGCAUGUGUUUUGCUGUUAUGUGUUUUGCUUUCUUUCUGUUGAUUCACUAGUAUUGGUUGGCUUCUUUCUUUUUCCUCAAUGCUUCUUUGUGUCCUAUGUAACCUUAGCAUUAAGCUACAAAACGACAUGAGUUUCUAUCUACAUGUUAUAUUGGCUCAUCUGCAGCUAGGAUGUUCUCUGUUGUUGAAAGAUGUCUCCUGCACCACUGAUUUAAGGAAUUCUUGAGAUGUUCAUUGAAGGUUUUCUCAAGAUCUCGUUCUUUCGUCUUCCGCUAUUUAUUUUAAUAUUUUCUCAUUUUCAGCUCAUAAAUAUGUAUAUGAAUCUCUGAAUUUUCAACAUAGUGGAUACAAAAGACUGUACAUCAUUUCAAUUGUUGAUUAAAAAUUUGACAGCAAAUUCCUUGUAAUCCAAUUGACACACGUCACCAUUCCCUGUUGAAGAACUAAAUGUAUUAUUUUGUAAUUGUUUUUCAAGCACAAGAUGUGCUAGCUGUUCUUUCAGCACCAAUCCAAGCCUGCCUGCUGUGCACCAGUCCAUGGCAUGUGACGUCCUCACUCUAUAAAGCACAUCACUUGCACACCUUCACACCGUCACGAAUAUUCACACUCCCUUACGCUCACCUACUCAUGCUUACAGAGUAGACACCUGUUAUUUCAACAGGCGCCUCAUUAUUAUUAUUAUCGGCAUAAUCGGGGGUCAAUUCCAAUUGAAGUCAAGUCAAUUCAGGAAGUAAAUUAACGUUCCAAUUCAAUAAUUGAAAAAAAAAGGGCAUCUAUUUUCAAUGACUUCUCAAUAAACUGAAUAGGAGAGGAUAUUUUAUUUAAACAUUUUUUAAAAAUUCAAAUCACUUCCUGAAUUGACUGCCUUCAAUUCAAAUGGACCCCAAUCCUGAUGAGUAGCAAGCUAGGUUGAGCUGUAACGAACACCAGAGAAAGCUACAGUCGCCUUUUAGAAUAGUGCUUUCAUUUUGGAUGGAUGGCAGAAAAUGGAUGGAUGGCUUUUUUUCAGUUUUAUUAUUUGUUCCGUGUAAGAAUGAAUGUUGCCCCACUGCCCACUUUAUUACACUAUUAUUUAGAAAAUCCAUGUUUAAAAAGGAACCCAGAAGUGUCCAGGUGUAUUUUUCACUGCAUUAACUGAAGUUUCCACACGGAGUGUUUACAGUGAAGUUCAUAGUUCUUUAGAUAACUGGGGCUCGGUGGGUGUGCUGGCCUAAUAUACUGUGAUAAUAUAGCCUAUAGGAGUCUGGGGAUGGUUUUGAGGUUAUUCCCAGUUAUCUGCAGUUGGUGUGUGUUUCAGGAACAGCAGUUGGAUGAGAAGGACGCUCGGCGCUUCCAACUGAAGAUCGCCGAGCUGAGUGCCAUCAUCCGCAAACUGGAGGACCGCAAUGCCCUCCUGUCAGAGGAAAGAAAUGAGCUGGUGAGCAGUUCUGACAUCUUCCAAUCGCAAGUAUCUUGCUGCUACAAAAGUGAGUGUAUUGGUGCGUCACCCAUUGAUAGAGAUGGCUGAGGAUAUGAUCAUGGUAUUGUUGUAAUGAAUUCUGACUGAAUGGAUUUUAAGCCACAGGAAAGUCUUAUCUUUUGCAGAAGAUAUAGUCCUAAAAAAAUUACCAAAUGGAAUACUGAUCGCAACACACACACACAGCUUCCUGGAAGAAGAAAGCAUGUUCACUUUUCGAUCACCAUCCUCCAUUUGCUGUAGCCAGUAUUCAUGCAAUAGCUAAAUGUUGUCAAGACAGUGAAGACACAUUUCAGUCAUCCUAGGAGUUAUGUGAUAGCUAUCUGAUAUGUGGUGUAUCUGGUGAUGAGAUAUUCUCCACUAACCUGCUACAUCGUUAACACUUCAGUCAGAGGGAUUGGCAGAAUUAAAAAACGGACUCUCUUAUGUGAUUUAAACUACUGUUUCUGCUUCUGGCACAACAACAGGCUUUGGUAUUGGAUCAGUUUGGUUCUGGCACAACAACAGGCGUUGGUAUUGGAUCAGUUUGGUUCUGGCACAACAACAGGCGUUGGUAUUGGAUCAGUUUGGUUCUGGCACAACAACAGGCGUUGGUAUUGGAUCAGUUUGGUUCUGGCACAACAACAGGCGUUGGUAUUGGAUCAGUUUGGUUCUGGCACAACAACAGGAUUUGGUAUUGGAUCAGUUUGGUUUACGCACCUUUUUUAUUUUGUGUGACCUACUAACCACCUAUUGUGAAAGAAAUGCAUAAACAACAUAGGGAGUGUUACGUUACUCACUACGAACAGCGAUCAGCGUUUACACACUUUUAUUUUCCACUACAUCACUGUCUGUCAUGCUGUCAACCUUCCUGUCAUUGCAAAGUUCUCACUACAUCACUGUCUGUCAUGCUGUCAACCUUCCUGUCAUUGCAAAGUUCUCACUUAUUUAAAGAGCUACUAAGCUGAGUAUUGUUUACAGGACCAUAGCACCGGUUCCAAUCCAAGUACCAAUGCCAUUUAUCAAACUCCAGGCGGUGCUUUGGUCAGAUGACAUGAAAAUAGAGUUAUAUGGCCAAGCACACCAGCGGUGAGUUUGGUGUCGGAAAACGGAAGCAUAUAUGCAGAAAGUUACCUCAUACCUACGGUAAAAUAUGGUGGUGGAUCUUUGAUGUUAUGGUAAAAUAUGGUGGUGGAUCUUUGAUGUUAUGGUAAAAUAUGGUGGUGGAUCUUUGAUGUUAUGGUAAAAUAUGGUGGUGGAUCUUUGAUGUUAUGGUAAAAUAUGGUAGUGGAUCUUUGAUGUUAUGGUAAAAUAUGGUGGUGGAUCUUUGAUGUUAUGGUAAAAUAUGGUGGUGGAUCUUUGAUGUUAUGGUAAAAUAUGGUAGUGGAUCUUUGAUGUUAUGGUAAAAUAUG